AUGCCCAUCCUCGGGAAAUCACUAACCGUCCAUCCCAUCCAUCCCGUCAUUUCUGUCACACUCAGCUACUCCAUCUGUCAACCACCAGCCUCCGUCCAUCCCCACCCUCUGUCAACCACCAGCCUCCGUCCAUCAGCACCCCAUAUGUCAACCACCAGCCUCCGUCCAUCCCCACCCUGCUGUCAACCACCAGCCUCCGUCCAUCCCCACCCAUCUGCCAACCACCAGCCUCCGUCCAUCCCCACCCCUCUGUCAACCACCAGCCUCCGUCCAUCCCCACCCAUAUGUCACCCACCAGCCUCCGUCCAUCCCCACCCCUCUGUCAACCACCAGCCUCCGCCCAUCCCCACCCCGCUGUCAACCACCAGCCUCCGCCCAUCCCCCCCAUAUGUCAACCACCAGCCUCCGUCCAUCCCCACCCUGCUGUCAACCACCAGCCUCCGUCCAUCCCCACCCAUCUGCCAACCACCAGCCUCCGUCCAUCCCCACCCAUAUGUCAACCACCAGCCGCCGUCCAUCCCCACCCAUAUGUCACCCACCAGCCUCCGUCCAUCAACACCCCUCUGUCAACCACCAGCCUCCGUCCAUCCCCACCCAUAUGUCACCCACCAGCCUCUGUCCAUCCCCACCCAUCUGUCAACCACCAGCCUCCGUCCAUCAACACCCAUAUGUCACCCACCAGCCUCUGUCCAUCCCCACCCUGCUGUCAACCACCAGCCUCCGUCCAUCCCCACCCAUCUGCCAACCACCAGCCUCCGUCCAUCCCCACCCAUCUGUCAACCACCAGCCUCCGUCCAUCCCCACCCAUCUGCCAACCACCAGCCUCCGUCCAUCCCCACCCAUCUGUCAACCACCAGCCUCCGUCCAUCCCCACCCCUCUGUCAACCACCAGCCUCCGUCCAUCCCACCCCUCCUGUCAACCAUCAGCCUCCGUCCAUCCCCACCCUCUGUCAACCACCAGCCUCCGUCCAUCCCACCCCUUCUUGUCAACCACCAGCCUCCGUCCAUCAGCAUCCCUCUGUCAACCACCAGCCUCCGUCCAUCAGCACCCCUCUGUCAACCACCAGCCUCCGUCCAUCCCCAUCCCUCUGUCAACUACCAGCCUCCGUCCAUCAGCACCCACUCUGUCAACCACCAGCCUCCGUCCAUCAGCACCCCUCUGUCAACCACCAGCCUCCGUCCAUCCCCACCUCUCCCUCUCUCAAGCCUCCGUCCAUCCCCUCCGUCCAUCCCCACCCCUCUGUCAGCUAA